AACGAGAUGGCUGAUUACUAGCUACAGACUGUGAUUGAAAGGUCCUCGAGUCCAAUUGCAAGCGAAUAUGUUUUCUGCAUAUGUACGUGUGAACCAAUCAUCGACUUGGAGGUUGAAGCGGACGUUCUCACACACGUGGUUUGACAUGGCUGCGCCCAGCUCGCGCAGAAUGUUUUGAGUGAAUGCUGCUCUUGCAGUACAAGAACAGAGAUACGAGGGUUGUAGUCCGCUGGACACGGAAAAAUGGCAAGUGAAGAACAACCAGUACAAACACUUACUAAAUCGGCGUAUCUCGAGUUGCUUUUGAAGCAAUUUGACAAGCUUCCGGAUAAUGACAGGAAUUUGUUCACUUACGGACCCAUGUAUUUAGGGGGAAAUGCUGCUUUAGCUGGCUUGCUAGCGAAUAGUUUCUGGCGCCGGGCGCUGAAUGUCAGGCAAGGGCACAUAGUGUCCAGCCUUCCAAUGGCAACACUUCCAUUUCUGACCACUGCGGUAUUGUACAACGCUGCUGUUUCAAAUCCUUUGCUUAUGGGUGACAUCAACUGCCCAACGUGCGUAGUGACCAGAGGUUUCCUGGUGGGACUGAUAGGUGGAGGCGUGUACCCUCUUUUUCUGGCGCUUCCAGUCAGCGCUGGCCUUGCUGCCAGGUAUAGCACUGCGCCGAUGCCAGAAAAGGGGAACAUCAUUAGGCAUUGGAUUGCGGUUUCUCGGCCCAUAGUGAAGAGGAUGGCGUUUGUGUUUGUAUUGCAAGGCUUCUUUGGAGCCUACCUUUCUUCCAGGCAUUUUGACAUUUAUCUGAAGUUGCUAAAAUCAGUGGACAUCAGGCUUGAAGACCUACAUGAUUAAGUGUUUGUACAGUGUGUAAUAAACUUUUGUACAGAAAGCCAAAAAUCUCUUAUUUUCAAGUUUUUGUCUUUGUA